AUGUUCCGAAUAAGCAACACCGUCGUCGGGCUCCUCAACGCGGUGACGCUCGUCGCUGGGGCCGCGGCCAUCGCCUCCGCAAUCUUCCUCCGCUACCAUUCCUCCUCCUCCUCCGAGUGCCAGCGGGCCAUCCAGGCGCCGCUCCUCGCCCUCGGGGUGUUCUUCGUGGUCGUGUCGCUGCUCGGGCUGAUCGGGUCGUGCUGCCGGAUCAAUGCCGUGCUCUACAUCUACUUGACGGUCAUGUUUGUGAUGAUCCUUGGGCUGAUCGCCUUCACAGUUUUCGCGCUGUUGAUAACCAACAAGGGGCUCGGACAGGCCGUGUCUGGACGCGGGUAUAAGGAGUACCGGCUCGGGGAUUUCUCGCACUGGCUCCAGAAUUACGUUGUCAAUGAGAAGAAUUGGGGCGGGAUUAGGAGCUGUUUGGUUGAUGCCAACGUUUGUAGGAGUUUGGGACAAACUCAGGCUCAGUUUUACAAGAAGAAUCUCUCGCCAACGCAGUCGGGUUGCUGCAAGCCGCCAUCCUACUGUGGCUUCGAGUACAGGAACGCGACCUACUGGGUGGCCCCGAAGACGGGCCCUGCAGUGCCCGACACUGACUGCACGACGUGGAGCAACGAGCAGACAACACUGUGCUUCAACUGCAAGUCGUGCAAGGCCGGGGUGCUGUUCAACAUCAGGAAGGAGUGGAGGCGUUUGGCCAUCUUCAACAGCUGUGUCCUCAUCAUCCUCACCCUCAUCUACUGCAUUGGCUGCUGCGCUACUAGGAACAAUAGGUCAAGUCCCAAGUACACUACUCAUAGAGGCCACCCAUGA